AUGACUUUGCUUCUCCUUCCGCCGGUGAUAUCUUCAUUGGCGAGACUGUUUUGUCUCUUUGUUCUUCUAGGCAGUGCUGCUCUUCUAGGGACAGAGUCCGACGAGAUCUGCAGAGAUCUUGAGGACGGAUCUCUCACCUCUCUUCUCCAACUUACCGGAGCAGCCAGUCCGUGUGUUCGUCGACCCCUUCUCACUCCGAGUGAGCACCUUUACGGCGAUGCCGAAACCUCCGUCAAAACCUCCGGAUAUACAUCCGCGCUCUUGUUCCAUGGUUCUAUACCAUCUCUGUUCAUCUCGGAUCCCUUCCGCCUCACAUCCGCCUCCCUCCUUCGUUCCAGAUCUGUCGUUUCCCUCCACCAUCUUCUUCAGCCUUGGUCAUUCGAAGCUUCCCGUCCUACUCCUCGCCGGUGA